AUGGAGCAGGACGAGAAGGCAGAGGAGGGAGGGUCAGCCCCCCUCACCAAGGCGGGCUCCCCGGACCAGGAGGGCUUCUUCAACCUGCUGAGCCACGUGCAGGGCGACCGCAUGGAGGAGCAGCGUUGCUCGCUGCAGGCUGGGCCCAGCCAGGCCCCCGAGAGCCAGGGCAGCCCCACACCCGAGAUGGACAGUCUCAUGGACAUGCUGGCCAGCACCCAGGGCCGCCGCAUGGAUGACCAGCGUGUGACAAUCAGUGCCCUGCCUGGCUUCCAGCCCGUGGGCCCCAAGGACGGCGUGCAGAAACGAGCUGGGACCCUGAGCCCCCAACCGCUGCUCACCCCUCAGGACCCGAGUGCUCUGAGCUUCCGCAGGAACAGCAGCCCCCAGCCCCAGACACAAGCCCCCUGA